AAGAGCCAAGCCGAGGAAGGCGGCGGCGGGCGUUCGACAAUUCGGCUCUCCUCUGGUCAGCCUGGGAGGGGCUCAUUGGACGCGCUCGGUGCUCGGCGCGGCGCCUGUCUAGUCCGGAAGGAAUCGUGGCGCUGCCGCCCCCUCAGGCCAGUGACCCUCCCCCGAUGGUGUGAGGGACCCCCCCCCCCGUCCGCGGCUGCGGCCUUCCCCGGAGUCCGGCGCCAUGAACCUUCUCCCAGCCAACCCGCACGGGAAUGGGUUGCUGUUCGCCGGCUUCAACCAGGACCACGGGUGCUUUGCAUGUGGGAUGGAAAAUGGAUUUAGAGUGUUUAAUGCAGAUCCGCUCAAAGAGAAGGAGAAACAAGAAUUUCUAGAAGGAGGCGUUGGCCAUGUUGAAAUGUUGUUUCGCUGCAAUUAUUUAGCUUUGGUUGGUGGAGGAAAAAAACCCAAAUACCCACCUAAUAAAGUGAUGAUCUGGGAUGAUCUGAAAAAGAAGACCGUUAUCGAAAUAGAAUUUUCCACAGAAGUCAAAGCAGUUAAGCUGCGAAGAGAUAGAAUCGUGGUAGUUCUGGACUCUAUGAUUAAGGUUUUCACAUUCACGCACAACCCUCACCAGUUGCACGUCUUCGAAACCUGCUACAAUCCUAAAGGUCUUUGUGUCCUGUGCCCAAACAGUAAUAAUUCCCUGCUUGCAUUCCCUGGAACACAUACUGGACAUGUGCAGAUAGUGGACCUGGCAAAUACAGAGAAACCUCCUGUAGAUAUACCAGCUCAUGAAGGGGUCUUGAGUUGCAUAGCUCUUAACCUACAGGGAACAAGAAUUGCCACAGCAUCAGAAAAAGGGACCCUAAUAAGAAUAUUUGAUACAUCAUCUGGGCAUUUAAUCCAGGAACUGCGCAGAGGGUCUCAGGCUGCCAAUAUCUACUGCAUUAACUUCAACCAAGAUGCUUCUCUCAUUUGUGUGUCAAGUGAUCAUGCCACAGUGCACAUUUUUGCUGCGGAGGAUCCUAAGAGGAACAAGCAGUCGAGCUUAGCAUCAGCCAGCUUCCUGCCCAAAUACUUCAGUUCCAAAUGGAGUUUUUCCAAAUUUCAGGUUCCCUCAGGCUCUCCCUGCAUCUGUGCCUUUGGAACAGAGCCGAAUUCUGUCCUAGCGAUCUGUGCAGAUGGCAGCUACUACAAAUUUUUAUUCAAUCAAAAAGGGGAAUGCUCCAGGGAUGUCUAUGCUCAGUUCCUAGAAAUGACUGAUGACAAACUUUGACUGAACUGAUGGAAAUUUGUAGGUAGGGGGGAAGGAGAUCUGGAACCCCGUCCUGCUUAUUCUCCCUUUCCUGAAGAGAUGGCCUCUCACUACCUUCAGUCAACUGUGCUGCUCAAGAUGGGACAGAUGACUUUAAGAAGCCCAAACCAGUAUGGACAGAGCAAGGCAGAGGACUACUACGUUAACUGUCAACAGCUGGUUUUAAAUGUUAAGUUUUGGCUGCUGUUGUUCCUUCAAUUUCCCCCCCUUUUUUUAAAAAAAUGUUUCAAUAGCCUGUGCCUAUUGGGUUUCUCUCUGUAAUUAAACUGUGAAGCUUAGUGCCUGCCACUCCAUAAGAGUGAAGCGGCAGAUUACUAAGGUUUAAACAGUGAAUGGAACAUGUCAAAAGUACAUACAGAUUUGAGUUCUAGUACCGUGCUUAAGGGGGUGGCAGGAAAUCUAUACCAGCAGUUUCUGCCUUUGUAAAAUGUCCUUUUCCUCCUAUCUUCUAAUACACAGAAAGGAAUAUUAUAGCAAGUUGGCUUUUAGUUGCACUUGCUCUGACAGAGAGAGAAUGCUCAAGGUCCUUGUUUUCAUGCUGUUAUAAAUAGAUAUUAACUUGUUUGUCAUUUGUCAGAGGUGCCAAAAGAAAUCCAUAGCAAACAUCAUUAAAGUACUGUUGGCCUAAAUAACCAUUCUGCAGGGCAGGAAGUGGCAUAGGACAAUGUUGAGAUGUUGGGAAAGUGACAGCAAACAGCUUAGAUAUUGGAAAUAACCAUUCCAGACACUUCAGUUCUUGAUCCAUUGGUAUUUGCACUUAGGUUGUGCUGGGGAAGUUCUACAAGUACAAGAUAAUCUGUAAUGGCCAAGAGGGUAGUAUACUGAACAACAAGAAGGGGGAAAGUGUGACCCUCCAGAUGUUACUGGACUUCACUGCCAUCAGUGCUGGCCAGCAUGGCCAAGGAUGAUGAGAGGUGUAGUCAAACAGCUGGAGGGCUGCAGCUUUCCCACCUUAUAGUCUGUAAGAAAUCCCUAUCAUACAGCAAGCUUAUUAUGUGUUCGGAACAAACUAAGCCGCCGUCUCUCUGAACACUAAGUAGUACAUCAAUCACAACACUAUAUUUUGGGAAAUGAGGUAUUUGGACACAUAAUUUGAAGUUACCAAUAUCAUCCCCUUCAAACACAACUUCAGUUAUUAGCUCCCUUGAUUUCAUGCAUACUUCAAAAUUAAUUGAAGUCUUGGUUCAAGUUGAAAAGUAUUGGAAUUUGUCAUUUAACUAAAACCUAUAUUCAGAUGUCAGUUUGCAUGUUGCUUUUAAAUGUGUAUUUAAUCAUGGAAAUUGUUUUGCACACCUUUUGUAAUUUUCUUUAAUUAAAGUGACUUAAUUUGCUGUA